CCGGACGAUACUGCUUUUGUACCAGGGAGGGAAGAUAGUGAAUGCACCGAUAUUCACUGCUGCACAGAAAUAUGGCAUCCCUCAGACUGCUCCGACGACUCUUAAAAGAAACAAAUCGAACAUACACAAUGCACAGGUGUGCAAGUCUUUGUGCACAGACUUUAACAGGUUUGAGUAAUCUCCAUAUCCAGAAUUGUGCAACAUUUAGUCACAGGGCCACAAGAAAGCUGUUUAAGUCACAAACUAUUGGAUCCUUACAGAUUGCACGAACUAUGUUCAUUCAAACUCAAGAGACACCUAAUCCAAACAGUUUAAAAUUUUUUCCUGGAAAAGGAGUAAACGUUUUGGACUCUGGGACAUAUGACUUUCCAAAUCCACAGUCAGCAUACUGCUCACCAUUAGCAAAGAUGCUGUUUAGAAUCGAGGGAGUUAAAAGUGUUUUCUUCGGAACUGAUUACAUCACGGUGACAAAGAGUGAUGAUGAUGUUGAGUGGCGGGUGUUGAAGCCGGAGAUCUAUGCUGUCAUCAUGGAUUUCUUUGCCAGUGGCCUUCCCACCCUGACAGAACAACAGCCUUCUGGUGCCACUGUGAUUCACCCAGAUGACGAUGAGACAGUAGCACUUAUAAAGGAACUGUUAGACACCAGGAUACGACCCACAGUCCAAGAAGAUGGGGGUGACAUUGUCUAUAUGGGUUUUAAGGAUGGUACUGUGUACCUUAAGAUGCAGGGGUCUUGCUCUAGUUGUCCCAGCUCCAUUGUCACACUCAAGAAUGGUGUUCAAAACAUGCUUCAAUUCUACAUUCCUGAAGUGACAGGUGUAGAACAGGUUACUGAUGAAGUGGAAAGUAUUAGCAAUACAGAGUUUAAUAAACUUGAAGAGAAACUGCAGGAAAAACCUAAAGAUUAGAUUAUGUCUUAUUUGUGUCAACAUAAAACUUUUGGGAAAUGUUCCUUCUAGAGCUGGAAGCAAUGACUCGCAAUGGCUUGGUCUUGAUCAAAGGAGACAUUUUUCUUUAUUUUCACUGAAUCUGAUGUUUAAGGAUAUAAUGUCAGAGUUAGCUAAGUGUAGCAUGAAUGAUCAUGAAAUAAUUUCUGAAGGAAAAAAAUCAUUAGUUUUUAAAGGUCUCCUGAACACUCUUGACUAAUGAUUGCCGUAGACUGCUAUAACUGAAAGUUUAACAUACUGGCUUAAGCUUAGCAUCAACUACAGUGAACAUGCGACUUAUGAUUACUGCCUAUUAAUGUAAUGGUCAAUAUUGCAGAAUAAAAUACCCAGCCAUAGUGUGUUACAUAGUUCAUGUUCAUGGCAGGAACAGACUGUCAAUCAUAAACAGUUUCUAAAAUCGCCUCUGAAAAGGAUUUAAAAUGUACAUUUAUGAUAUCUUUUGACCAUGUUGGUGAAAGAAUGAAGAAUUAUUUACAACACAAUAAAUUGUUUCAGCUGUCAA